AUGUGGGAGCUCCGCUCGGCCUCCUUCUGGAGGGCCAUCUUUGCCGAGUUUUUCGCCACCCUCUUUUAUGUCUUCUUCGGGCUGGGGGCCUCGCUGCGCUGGGCGCCCGGCCCGGUCCACGUCCUGCAGGUGGCCGUGGCCUUUGGACUAGCCCUGGCCACGCUGGUGCAGGCCGUAGGCCAUGUCAGCGGAGCCCAUGUCAACCCGGCAGUCACCUUCGCCUUCCUCGUGGGCUCCCAGAUGUCCCUGCUGCGCGCCCUCUGCUACAUGGUAGCGCAGCUGCUGGGGGCCGUAGCUGGGGCUGCUGUGCUGUACAGCGUCACCCCCCCAGCUGUCCGGGGGAACCUGGCACUCAACACGCUACACCCUGGGGUGAGCGUGGGUCAGGCCACUAUCGUGGAGAUCUUCUUGACCCUUCAGUUUGUGCUCUGCAUCUUUGCCACGUUUGAUGAGAGGAGGAAUGGACGCUUGGGGUCUGUGGCAUUAGCUAUUGGUGUCUCCCUCACCCUGGGGCACCUGUUUGGGAUGUAUUAUACGGGUGCGGGCAUGAACCCUGCUCGAUCCUUUGCUCCUGCUAUCCUCACCAGGAACUUCAGCAAUCACUGGGUGUACUGGGUAGGCCCCAUCAUUGGGGGAACUCUAGGAGGCCUCCUCUAUGACUUCCUGCUCUUUCCCCGGAUCAAGAGUGUCUCCGAGAGACUGACUAUUCUCAAGGGUAUCAGGCCCAAUGACUCUGAGGGGCAGCCCGAGGUCACUGGGGAGCCUGUUGAGCUAAAGACCCAAGCCCUCUAG